CACUCUCCUUCUCUGAGUGGAGCGUCAGAACAGGAGGAGGAGAAACAGGAGCUGCUGGAACACCACACUUCGCCUGGAGCCUCCGAGGCUGCCUGGCAGUCCAGAAACAGGGUUUACACUUCUGCUGGGAUCCUGGGAGUAGAAAGCUGGAUCUUCUCCUGCUUGGGAAAAGGUCUCCGUUUAUUCCCCAGCAGCAUCUCCCUCCAUGUGAGGAGACCUGCUCCUCCAGGAUUUAGCCGGGAUUGGAUUACAGCCGGAGCGCUCCCAAGUCAGAGGGAGAAAUCACCAUGAAAGAUGAGGAGCAAUUAGGAGCUCCAAGAACAGCCAGAUGAGAUGUUCCUCAGAGAUCUGGAGCUGAAGUUUGGUUGAGUUCCUGCUGCUGCAGAGUUCAGUCCUGAUCUAAGAGACAAACCAAACUUUCAGAAUGAUCUUCCAGGAGUUUUUCCCUAAUCCACAGAGUCUGAUCAUCCCUGAACCACUGGCAGCUUAAGGUUUCUACCUGAAAGAGGAGAAGCAAACAAUCAUCUGUGGAAUCAUCAGAAGUUUAAGGAAACAUGAGGAAAACCUUCAUGCAAAGUUUACAGCAUCUUUUAAACUCUGAGGAAAAAAGCUUGAAUCUGGAUUUUCCUUCAGGAUCCAUCAGAAAAGUAAAAAUGUUCCAUUUAUUGGAGGCAAAGCUUUAAAAACCAGGAUUUAACCUUUCUGAUGGUGGACGUUUCUGCUCAGGAAAAAACUAAUUCACAUUCGCAGCAAGGUCUCCUUUAAUGAGCAAAUGUCUGGGAUAUUCUAUCAGCUCAUACGUUCUUCUCCCAUCAUGGACUCAUAUUUCGCCGUCAUUCCUUGGUGACCAGACCGAGCUACAGAUUCUGUAUUUAAAGGAAACACUGACUGAAAAUUAACUUUGAUGAAAAAACAACUUCUGGUGUUAAAUAUCAGAAAGCGAGUAAGGAAACAUAUUUAUUUAUGCUAUCAUUUGGAGACAGAACAUUGUGGACAUCAUCAGGAGAUGAAAACACACAUUGAAAUCACACAAUAUGCAGUUGAUACGUUUAUUUAUAUCAAAGCUGGAAAAGUAGAUUUUAAAUUUUCCCUGAGCUCUUCUUGAUUUAAUAAGGGAAUAUUCACUUCAUCUGAAGUUACAUAACCUGAUCAGCACCAUCAGGGUUUGGUUUGAGCUUUUUCCAUCUCUACCAUCAAUCAUCAUGCUUCCUGGAGGACCAGGAUCAAGCGGAGGAGGCCGUGGGAGCGGACUCUGCAUCCUCAGGUGGCUUGGGCUCCGGCUAUGGUCCCGGCGGGGGACGCUGCUCUUUGCUCUGCUCUGGUUUGGGUCUUGGCUGUUCCUGAACGGUCUGGUUCUGGUGCACAGGAGGAUUCUGUCCGACUACUGCACCGAUGACAAGAGCAAGAGGAUCCUGCAGCGGCUGUGUGUGGAGUUCUACCAGGGAUCUGUCACCGGAGACAUGUGUGAGGACCUGUGCGUCCACGGCCUGGUGGAGUACAAGCGCUGCCUCUACUACGAGAACGGGAAGAAGGUGAUCGAGGCUCACUGGAGAGGAAACCCCGUCAUCCUGAAAUCCAAACUGGAGAACUUCUCCUCCUACGAGCCGCUGGGGAUCCUGGACUACCAGGAUGCAGGAGAGGAACUGUCGGCUUUCGAUGUGGUUUUUUACGCCACCAUGGAGGUACGAAACUCUCUGGGUCUGUCUGAGGAUGGCGAGGAUGAGGAGGGAGGAGGAGGAAACAGCAGCACUCUAUCCAGACUUUGGGGGAAGAAACUGAAAAUCAGAGAGAGGAGUUACUCCAGAGCAGAGCUGAGUUCUCUGUGGUCGCUGCUUCAGCAGGAGGAGUACACCUUCCUCAGAGUCCUGCAGGACCUCAGCCCCCAUGUGGCCAAGGUGUUGGGCUCCUGCGGCCACUUCUACGCUGUCGAGUAUCUGUCAGCCGGACAUACGUGGGACCAGAACAUCUUCUCCAUGGAGGAGGUGGUUGUUCCCAGGAUGCUGGAUCAGAGCCACGCUGGGGCGUCUGCAAGGUGGACCACCAGGCAGAUGGUGCAUCAGAUCGCCCUGAGCUUCUUAGACAUGGUGUGGCACUUUGACAACGAUUUCACCCACCAGCUGCACCUGUGUGACAUCAAACCAGAGAACUUUGCAAUCAGGAAGGAUCUGACGGUGGUGGCGAUCGACGUGGACAUGGCGUUCUUCGAGCCGAAGAUGAGAGACAUCCUGGAGCAGAACUGCAGCAGCGACGACGACUGCAACUUCUUCGACUGUUCGUCCAGGUGUGACCCGCUCAAGCACAGGUGCAGUCCUCACCGCAGCAACACCAACCUGCAGGUGAUUUGUGAGAAGAUAUUCAAGCCGUGGUUUUCUCCAUCACUCCUCGGGGCAAAAGCAGGACUCCCACUGCAGGUGGAGCUGCAGCGAGCCGUGCAGGAAUGCUCAGAAACAGAGCGGGGCGUGGAUAAAUCAGAGGAAGACGAAGCAGGAGGCCGGAGGGUCCAUCAGCGUCUCCUCAGCGUCCUGAAACGCCUCCUCCAGGAGGAGGUGGAUCCGGAAGAAAUGAAAAGGACACAGGAGGAAGUGGAACACGUCCACACUGCACUGAAUUUCUGAAACGGGUGAAGAGACCAGAGCCGAGCUUCUCUCUGGAUCAGAACCUUUUCUCAUCCCGUUUCGAAACCUGGAGCUCAUCUCAAUACAUCAACAUAGAACCAGGUUUCCAGAUCGGACGUAGAAAAGUCCGGUGACACAUUGGUGUCUCUGAACAGAACAUUCCCACUGUGGGAUCACUGGGAUUCUGAGCUUGUUUGGAUGUAAUUAGUGGACUUUUACUUCUAGUCUGUGUGUAAAUAGUCUUCACUGUAAAACUGAUUGCGAUUUUAAAGAAUCUGGAACCUUCCAGAGCAGAACUGUGUUCAGACUCAGAGCCAACAGCACCUCAAGUGUCCUCACGCCUCAGAAAACCUUUACAGGUCAAACAUUCGUCUCUUUUAAAGCAGAAUUUAGUAACUCUGGACAGACAGGCUCGGCCCAUCUUCAUCACGAGCCCCUUCCCACCGACUCUGGUCACCAUGACAACCAGAGGAGCGGUAAUUAGUGACAGCAGAGGCUCGUUUGGGCCCCCGUUUGGUAUAAUGGUUAAGAUCCGGUUGUUACCAGGUUCUGCUUUAAGCCGUUAGUCUCAGUGAGAUUUAUUUUAAACUUUCUCAUUAUAGAGAAGCUCGUUAGACAUUCAAACUUAGAUUCUGUAUGCUAAGUGAUUAGCUCAAUAAAACCUCUUUACUAAAUAAA